GAACCAAACAAAUCUCUUAAUGUAAGCGAAGUUGCGAAAAAGAUCGCAAAGGCCAUGCAGGAUUAUAUUGUCAAGUCACCAUAUGCACCAUAUGACAGUAAGAACAGAGAAGGUACAUGGCGUAUGAUCUCUGUACGGUCACAAGUUAGUGAUGAUGUAAUGAUCAUUAUUCAGAUGCAUCCGCAGGAAUUAACUGAAGAGAAAAUUAAACAAGAAAAGACAGCAUUGGCGGAAUAUUUUGAGAACUUUGCGCGUGAAGCACAAUUUAAUUUGACAUCGUUACUCUUGCAAAUGUAUGAUGGAGUUAGCAAUGCAAUACCUGAUGAUAAACCAUUUGAUUGCAUAUCUGGUGUGCACUUUAUCUUUGAAAAUAUGAUGGGUUGUAGAGCGUUUUUUCAAACAAACACACUUGCCGCUCAGGUUUUAUAUGAAAAAUGUGGAGAAUAUAUUAAAGAUUUGUUUCUUCCCGAAAAAGAGUCUGUAGUUUUGAUUGAUAUGUGUUGUGGAACCGGAACUAUUGGAAUUUCUUUGUCUAAAAGUCUGGGAGAUAAAAUUAAUAAAGUUAUUGGCAUUGAACUAUGUGAAGAGGCCGUUGAAGACGCAAAAUUCAAUGCCGAAUUGAAUGGGAUUAUUAAUUCCGAGUACAUUCGUGGUCCUGUUGAAAAGAAUUUGAGGACUUUAAACUCUUAUAAACAUUCAAGUGCUGGUACAGCAGUUGCAAUUGUGGAUCCACCUCGUGCGGGAGUUCAUAAGAAUGUAAUUAAAGCGCUUCGAGAAUGUAAAGCAAUAGAUUAUUUCUUAUACGUUUCAUGUGAUUGCAAUUUAGCCACACAAAAUUUUAUAGAUUUAUGCCGGCCUAUAACCAAUAAUUUUCCAGGAAUUCCAUUUAAACCAGUACGAGCGGUUGGAGUAGAUUUAUUUCCACAUGCAAAACAAGUAGAAUUGUUAAUUGAAUUUCAUAGAGAUAAUGAUUAUCCAACCAAGAAAGAUGUUUUAAAAAGUGAAUAA